CACUUGUGCAUGAUUUGACAUGGAGAAAGCGGAACCGAUAUCACAAUGAAUCAUCUAAGUGGUUAGCGAGAAAAAAGAAAAGAAAAAAAGAUUUAUCAGUUUCAGAGGUUCUCUCUCUAUACUUGAAUAAGAAGCCCUGGUCUUUCUGCUUGUCUGUUUCUCUCUCUCUCUCUCUACCCACCUACGAAUUUGCUGUGCUCUCGAUUUCUCUUUCGCCGUUCGGCAGCUCGACAAUCGGUUCACGAGAUCUUUCACCAGGAAUCGAAUUUUAGAAAAUUUUAUGCCGGAUGAGAAUGACAGGAAAUGUGGUUGAGCAAUUAGCAAGUCGUGCUGUCGGUCGAGGAAUUAAUUAAGGUGUUUUUCUAAAGAGAGCAAAAAAAAUCCUAAAAUUGCAGCUGAAGAUUGGAGUUUUACCAGUCCUGCUGGUAGCGGGAUGUCAGUUAGAAGAGAAGAUACAGCUUCAAAACCGGAUGAGCUCCAGAUCGGUUCUUCAUGGAUUCCAGCAACCCCAGCUAAAGCCACUUCGACAAGCUGGCCACCGAUCUGCACGAAUUGGGGAGAAAAUCAGACGGUGCAGGCAAAUUGUCUAGAAAAGGAAAGAUUAGCUACCACUAACCAGGUGGCUCAAGCAAGUCUAUCUGGGUCGGAAGAAUUUGUGCAGCAGAGAGAGUCUGCAUGCCAUGCUUCAAUUAAUGUUAAUAAUGCAAGUAGAGUUGCCAACAACUGGCACGCGGGCAUGACCACUCAUUCCCAUGUUUAUGAGGAGAAUCUGAUUCAUUUCGAGAGUUGGGUGGCCGGAGAGGCUGCCAAUUCCCACAUGUUUGGAAAGGGUUUAAGCACAUAUGACAAGUUCUCCAUCAAUAAUGAAUGGUCAAAUGUCACAUUUGGGAGUCUCUUGGAGGCGGCGAUGGGCAAGAAAGCAGAAACAGAGAAUGCCCUCACGCAAAAUAGUUUUGCCACAAGCAGUAGUGCUUCCUCUUCCUGUUUUCACCCUCAAGUUGAUCAUGGUUUUCUAGAAGACCCACUUGAUAGGAGCAGGGUUUCAACUCCCUAUUUUCAUCCACGAGUUGAGGGAAGGCAGUUCACUAUGAGCUCUGGAAAUGCCUCCCUGCAAGAUCAACACGCCAUGCUUGGAGCAAAUUUUGAUGCAGAAGGGAGAAUAUCCAACACUGUCAUUGAUAGGAGUUCAAUCCCCUCUCGGCACUUACUUGAUCUGAAUUCACCACCCAGAGUGAUUACCGAUGCAGCUUUGAGAAAUACUGUGUGUCAAUUUGAACCUAUAACACCAGAGAAGACAAACAGAGGUGACCAGCAGGAGUCUGCAAUGAAACAUUCAAGCAUAGAUGAAGCACAUACGGGAGAAAAGAACAUCACCAGGGAUGGAGUGAUGCGACUACAUGAGAAAGAAAAGUCCCCUCUGGUGAACGAUCAAUUGAGUGAAGUCACGUCAACAGAGUUGCAGGAGAAUCACAAGCCUGACAAGGGAGGCAUGGACGAAGCUGAUUUGCUCAAAACCCCUCAGCAGAAGACCAGGAGGAAAAAGCACAGGCCAAAGGUCAUAAUUGAAGGUCAAAAAAAGAGAACUCCUAAAUCAAGUGCACAGAAAACUAAUGUUCCUCAAGACACCACGAGAGUCAAGAGGAAGUAUGUUCGGAAAAAUGGUGUUAACCGGUCCUUAGGAGAGGCAAACAAUGGAAAUGAGCCAGAUAAUAAAACUCCUAGUGCUAACGAAACUCCACUAAGAAAGAGAAAGAACGGAAGAAGAAAAGGAAUCAGCAAAUCUGAAGAUGACACUGAUAAGGAAACCACCGAAACUACAGAAAUACAGGGCCCCAAGCGUACUCGAAGAUCCUGCCGAAGAUCUCUGAAUUUCUACUCAGAAGACCCAGUAAGAGAUGGAAUCUCACCAGGUUGCCCCUCUUCAAAUUGUGAAAGGGAAUUGCAAGCUAGGAACUUCGGCACAAAAGAUCAACCAGAAAGUGCACAGUAUCCCCAGGGCCCCUUGCCGGACACACUAAAGGAAAACCACAUGCUCACAGAUCAAAGUGUGUGUACCAGAGGGAAAUGCCAAAUAGUAUUCUCAGAUGUUACACAUGAUAAAGAGGCUAAUACUGUUCAAGUGAGCAUGAAUCCUGAUGGCCAAUUGACACCAAAAAGCCCCAGUGACUCCAUCAGCACAUGUUUGAAAAGACAAAACAUGGAUAAAACUGUGGAAGCAGCACUUGGCAACAGAAACGAGUCGGGAAUAUUUUAUAAUUCUCUGCAGGCAUACCUUUCUGCUUUCACACAGAAUGCAGAUGCUGGCACACCUGGAUUGCAUUUUCCAGCUAUCUAUAAGAAAAAGAGGACAGAAAAGGUAUACAGUACGGUAACAUCCAGCAUGCAGAUUACAGCAUACUCAGACAAUGGUGGGAAACUUGAAAGACACACUCUCAGAGAUUCUUGCAGAAAUCAGUUUAUGUCACCAACUAAUCAGGGAUCUUAUGAUGCCCAAAGUCAGGUUAUUAAUCUGCAAACAACCAGAUAUGCAACUGAUGGCAUUCAGAAGGGGAAGCAAGUGUUUGAAGAUCUGUUGGCUUUGGGACCCACACAAAGGAUUAAGAAAAGAAGAUCAAAAGCCCCUACUCGUCAGAGGAAAGUAGCUUCAUUAAUGGAAAACUGUAAACAAUGGCCAAAUUUUCCAAGCAGAGCAGCAACAGUUUCCAGAACUCAACAAAAUAUUCAAAUUCUCAACGAACCACUUACAUGCAUUGAAGCUCUUGCGGCUGACACCCGAUCAACAUUGGCAACCAAGAAGCGCUCAAAGAGAAGCAUGCUUAUUAAUUCAACAGCGCAAAAUUUGUAUAAUCACCAAAACUUUGCUGGCACUUCAAUGGGACCACCAAUUGCUCUAACAUGGAAAAGCGUGUCUCCAGUUGAUUCAAUCACUGAUAAACUCAGCCGACUAGAUCUAAAUGCCGAAAGCGGAGUAACAGAAGAAAAGUAUAAUGCAUUUUUCAGAAAAUAUUAUAAAGAGCAUUAUGCUCUUGUUCCAUAUCAAAAUUCUGGAGCUGUUGUCCCUUUUGAUGCUUCAUUUGAUCAAGUGAGAAGAAGAAAACCACGGCCUAAAGUUGACCUUGAUGAUGAGACAACAAGAGUGUGGAGACUUUUGUUAGAAAAUAUAAAUAGUGAAGGCAUUGAUGGGACCAAUGAGGAAAAUACAAAAUGGUGGGAAGAAGAACGAAGAGUAUUCAUUGGAAGAGCAGACUCGUUCAUUGCACGCAUGCAUCUUGUACAAGGAGACAGACGAUUUUCUCCAUGGAAGGGAUCGGUUGUUGACUCUGUAGUUGGUGUUUUCCUCACUCAGAAUGUUUCAGAUCAUCUUUCCAGCUCUGCCUUUAUGUCACUUGCUGCGAGAUUCCCCGCCAGGCCAAGCGUCCACUCAGCAGAACUACAUAGCGAUAGAUCAGAUGGUGCAACCAAUGAGCCCGAGGUCUGUGUGCUCGAUUCUGAUGGGUCCUUUGUUUUGGCCAAAGAGAUCUUAAAUGAGACAGUCUGUAGUGACAAUACUAAAACGCUUCAAGAUUUAGAAGACGGCAGCAGUAUUAGAGAAGCGAACAGUAUGAAGCCAUCUCAGAAUGCUUCCAGUGAUGACAGUUCUCUACAAGGCAACUUCAGAGGUCAAUCAACAGAUACUUCUCUUGCUCCAGUUAUUUCCUGUGAAGUUAUAGCAAACAGAUCUGUGAGUUUGCACGAGGAUGGUAAAGACACAGAAGACACCCUUUCUUCUCAGACUCCAGAAAUUUCUUCUCAGAACUCUGCAGAUUCCCUAAUUGCACAGACCACAGGAAAAAGUGAUUCUUGCUUAUUGAGCACCUCAGAAGAAGAGCCAACAGCUGGGGUUAAACCAAAUUGGUUGACUAGCACAUCUUUCGUAAAGCUCCUACAGAUGACAGGCAAGGUAUUACAUGGGAUUCAUGGAGAAGGCAGUGACAAAGGAAAGCCUGAUGAAAGGCACUAUACACCAUCAGAAAGCUUGCCUUGCAGCUUGCAGAAUGAAGAUCCUUUAGACAAUCCUACGGUACCUGCUAAAACUGUUGCAUCAUGUCGUCGGAACUCUUUGUGUCGUGUGCCUGAUUUGGGAGCACAAUCACCAGACUAUGACUUAUAUCAGAAAAACAGCAAAUUCUCAGAUAGUUCCAGCGAGAAAGAACUUUGUACGGCUGAAAUAAGUGAACUAUCUUCAGAAUGUGCAUCAGGAACAACAUCUCAGAAGUCAACAACUAUUAGUUUCGGGGUUCCAAAUCUUCCCAGUCCAAUUGCUCGCUCAAGCAGCAACAAGCAAAUUGAGAUAAAUCAAAAGAAAGUUGACGAUCAAAGAGGCCAAGAACCAGAACAUAACAAGAUGCAGGGGGGUUCAGAAAAAACCACCUAUCAAAAUCUGAUGGAUGCUACAGGUAGUAGUAGCAACAUUGAUAAUUUAAAAAAAUUGGAACAUAAGGAAGUAAACUCAAAUAAGAAUGACCUCAAUAGCCAUCCUGAGCAGACAAUUAAUGGACCCAAAUCAAAAGGGGGAAGGAUCAGUAAAGAAAAGGAGACCACAGUUGACUGGGAUCAAUUAAGAAAACAGGCACUCUUUGGUGGCAGAAAAAGAGAAAGAACAGACUGUACCUUGGACUCGGUGGACUGGGAUGCCAUCCGAUGUGCAGAUGUUAACGAGAUCGCUCAUACUAUUAGAGAAAGGGGAAUGAACAAUAUGCUGGCAGAAAGAAUCAAGGACUUCCUCAACCGCCUUGUUAGAGACCAUGGAAGUAUUGAUCUGGAAUGGCUUAGGGAUGUUCCACCAGAUAAAGCAAAAGAGUACCUAUUGAGCGUAAGAGGUUUGGGUUUGAAGAGCGUGGAGUGUGUACGGCUUUUGACCCUUCAUCACCUUGCCUUUCCAGUCGACACCAAUGUUGGCCGUAUAGCAGUACGAUUAGGCUGGGUACCUCUUCAGCCAUUGCCUGAGUCACUUCAGCUACAUUUACUAGAACUGUACCCUAUAUUGGAGUCAAUUCAGAAAUAUUUGUGGCCCAGGCUCUGCAAGCUUGAUCAAAAAACGCUAUAUGAGCUGCAUUAUCAAAUGAUCACUUUUGGAAAGGUAUUUUGCACAAAGAGCAGGCCAAAUUGCAAUGCAUGUCCAAUGAGGGGAGAAUGCAGGCACUUCGCAAGUGCAUAUGCAAGUGCAAGACUUGCUCUCCCAGCACCACAGGACAAAAGCAUCGUGUGUGCAACUGAAAAUAAGAAGCCUGAUGAAAAUCCAAUCAGAAGUAUGGAUACCUUGCAGUUGCCAUCUCCUCAAACUGAAGAAAUGGAUCCUAAAUCAAGAGUAAGCAACUUGCAGUUGCCAUCUCCUCAAACUGAAGAAAUGGAUCCGAAACCUAGAGUAAGCAACUCUCUGCCCAUCAUUGAAGAGCCACAAACACCAGAGCCUAUUAUAGAAGUUCCCGCCACACCAGAACCAGAUUAUAUGCAAGAUCCAGAAUGUGAUAUUGAGAGUGCUUUUGGUGAAGAUCCUGAUGAGAUCCCCACCAUCCAACUGAACAUGGAAGAGUUCACUCACAAUCUGCAGACAAUCAUGCAGCAAAAUACAGAACUGCAGGAAGGAGAUAUGUCAAAGGCCUUAGUAGCUUUAACUUCAGAAGCUGCUUCAAUACCAGUGCCAAAGCUUAAAAAUGUUAGCCGACUCAGAACAGAGCAUCACGUCUAUGAGCUUCCAGAUUCGCACCCGCUACUAGAAGGGAUGGAUAAACGGGAACCUGACGAUCCUUGCCCAUACCUACUUGCUAUAUGGACCCCAGGUGAAACAAUGGAUUCUACUGAACCACCCGAGAGAAGAUGCAGCUCCCAAGAGCUCGAGAAGCUCUGCACGGAUGAAACCUGUGCAUCAUGCAAUUGUAUACGAGAAGCAAAAUCUCAAACUGUUAGGGGAACUCUUCUGAUACCAUGCAGAACAGCCAUGCGAGGAAGCUUUCCACUAAAUGGAACAUAUUUUCAAGUAAAUGAGGUAUUUUCUGACCAUGAAAGCAGCCUAUCCCCAAUGGACAUACCAAGAAAGUGGUUAUGGAACUUGCCACGGCGAACAGUGUACUUUGGAACAUCAAUACCAACUAUUUUUAAAGGGCUGUCCACAGAAGGAAUUCAGUACUGCUUCUGGAGAGGGUUUGUAUGCGUCAGGGGCUUUGACAGGAAAACAAGAGCACCUCGUCCCCUGAUUGCCAGAUUGCACUUCCCUGCCAGCAAGCUAGCCAAAGGGAAAGGAAAGACAGAUGAGAGCUAGACGUAGACAGCAGUUAGUUUACGCCAUGGUUGAACAGUGAGCGGCUCUAAAAGCAAAUGGCAUGGUGCAUUUGCUUGUAUCAUAUAAACGAAUGUCAAGGUUGUACCAAUGCAAAUAAUCACAUUUCAUUAGCAACUAUUGAAUCUUGGCAUCUUGUAGGGAUCUAGGAAUUGCCUUUCUUUAAAUUUGUUCCUUAAGCAAUAAAAUUAAUUGCAAUU